GUCUUCAUUUUGUUUACGGUGAUGAACAGCAAAGAGAGAAGAACAGACAUGUUGCUGCAGUAUUUUCUUGCCGUAGUUGUUUUCCUAAAUGCCCAUGCCGCCGACCGUGGUCCUGUAUCUAUAUUUGAGAAAUGGAGACUCAAAUCCAGUGUGAAACAGUGUGCUAAAGGAUGGGUAUGCUCAGAGACGUCGUGUUAUCAUUUCACCAAAGAAAAAGCCACGUUUACGGAAGCUUUUAGAAAAUGCCGUGAGAUUCGAGCCGAACUGGUUGAAGUAAACGACGAGAAGGAAUUUCAGUUCUUGAAGUCCCAAGCUGACCACAAAAACCUGCCAUCUGACUUUUGGAUUGCCUUGACCGAUUCAUUUGAAGAAGGGAAAUGGAUAUGGAUGAACACUUGGAACAAAGCCUCUUUUACAAAGUGGUCUCCUGGCCAGCCUGAUGAUAAUCAUAACCAUCAUUCUGAAGAUUGUGUCCAUAUGAUCCGUUCGAAGGCUUUCAAAUGGAACGACAUUGAUUGUAGUACAACGAGGCAGUUUGUUUGUGAAAAGUGACAUAGUUUUAUGGUACAAUCCGACUGGCAGAAUUCAAGAUGUUCUCCUUCAGUUAUCACUAUAAGCCUAUUUACUUAACCUACUUGACGUGUGAAUGCAUUAUACUGGAAACUGAUUCUCACCAUGGAAAUACAGCCCUGCGGUUUGCGCAUGCUUGCAAUUUACUGAAAUAUUUAAAAUGCAAUAGUUUUAGAUAUAUUUCAUGUUUUGACUUUCGAAUGAUAUUUAACAUUUAAACGAAUAUAGAAGAAAAUGGAAUUGUUUUCGUAUACUUCCAAUUAGUGUGCGAUAAACUUUCAACACCACAUGUAAUAUUUGACUAAAACUCUGUAAACAAUGAUUUACUCUUUUAACACAACUCUGACGGCUUGAUUAUGUGCAUUUAUUUUUCCUUUAAAUUUGUAUAAUUUACAGUUCCCUAAUUAAAAAAUGAAAGAACUAGAAAAUGAGGCAUAGUGUGGUAAGACUCGAAAUGUUCCGUAUCUUUCCGUCAAAUCUGUCUGACUUAAUCAUAUCGUAUAUUUAUUGACUGUUUUCUUUAGAAAACGAAGUAGUUGCUGAACUUAUGUUUUAAGAGCGAUAAAUCUUUAUGUCAACUUCCUCAGACAAAAAAGUACCAACCUCCUCGGCAGAUACAAUAUACUGACUAAAGGUUUAAGGAAGGUUUAACAAGUGUGUCGGAAAGGUUGAUACUUGGUAAUCGGACCAAAGCGUUGACAUAAAACGAUAUCCGUUUUCACAUCAGUACAUGAGAAUAGUGAAAGUAAACAUUUGACCAGCUAUGCUAUGUUAUAAGAUUACUUACUGACCUACAUAUGGAUUUUUCUUUCAGUGAAGUAGAUAUUUUAAGAAGUAAAACCGUAGGCAACUAUUAAUAACCUCCAUAUUUGCCCAGUAAAUAAGUAACUAAAUGGACACUGCGUAAUCAAGCAUAAAUCAGAGCCUUGAGAUGUCUGAUGGUUGCGGGUUUUUUGGUAGAUUUAUAUUCUGUUUAAAUGCCAGUCUAUGAAUAUACAUGAAUGAGAAACAAAUACAAAUUUAUUGUGCCUCAUAUCUGAGAUGAACUCUGCCUGACCCAGCUUGUGAUGUAACCAUGGACUGGAAUACCUCAUCAUUGAUAGAUCUCAUAUAAUCUAAAUGGUCAGUGUAAGUGGAUACAGGUUGAAUAAGAACUGCUUGUUCACUGAUAAUUCAUCCGUACUGUUCAUGAAUGGGAUUAUUUUGUGUAGCACAUGAACAUCCUUUGGAUGUGAUUCGGAAUAAAAUAAAGAUGCUAUGAUUGUCAGAAAUACACUUUAACUUUGGUAGUGGGAUAAACCUGCAACCAAAAAACCCAACCAGGCAGAGAGAAAGUUAUUGAUUUUGUCAUUAUUCUCAGCA